AUGGGGCAGCGGGGAGGUGGAGGGUAAGAUAUCUCAGCAUCAGCAGUUGGGGAAGUGGUGGAGUUGCAGAGGGAGUAAGAAUCUGGGCCUAGGAAAAGGAUACAGGCUUGGAAAUCCAAAUCGAGCGGUAUAAGAUAUCUCAGCAUCAGCAUCUAGGGAGAGGGGCCACCCAAGCAAAUGGAUUUUUUUGUGGGUGGGGGGGGGUGAGGAAGAAGGACCAGGGAAGAAACUGGGAGUGAGACAAAACAGGAUCCGGAAUGUGUGGGGAGAGAAUUGGAAGGAGGGGUAGUUGUUUUCUACUGUGCUAAGGCAAGGAAUGAGGAUAGAAUAUCAAGGCAUCAGCGUUUGGGGGAAGGAGGGAGGAGGAGUUCAAGGAGGGGCUGGCGAGCAGGGAAGAGAUAUGGGGCAGCUAAGGAAGGAGGGUGGGGGAGUCACACUAGGCCAGAGGCACACAGAAACCUGCCUUAUUUUGCUCCAUCCGCUAAGUAAAAAAACCUAAGACUCCGGUCCUCAUGGCUUUGAAUAAAUGGCUGGUUUAAAUAGGAACCCAGAGAGCUGUUUUAUAGCAUUGGUCACAGGAACAGUCCAUCUUGCUCAGUAAUGUUUACACUGGCUGGCAGCAGCUCUCCAGGGUUUCAGGCAGGGAUUGAAGUUGGGAUCUUCCGCAUGCAAGCUGGACACACUACGGCCCUUCCCCAACAUGGCGCCCUAAAGACAUUAAUUGAGGUUUCCAGCUCCCAUCAACCGCACCCGCUACGCCCAGAAAUGAUGGGAGGCAGAAUGCAACCACAACUUAGUGGGCACCAGGUUGGUUAGCCCUCCGUCGGGCAGAGAGGAAUAAGGGUUCAGGGCACCCCCAGCAAUUGUGUGUGCAGUGGGGAGAAGGAAGGGGGGAGAAGGACCCAGACCAAGAGUUCAGGUGGGACUCGGAGAGGUCAGUUCUUGGAAGGCACCAGCAAAGAACCCCUGGAAUGGUGGUCUGACAAUAGACUGGGGGAGAGAAUAUCAAUAUUCAAUAUUUAAGACUACAUUUAAAGCACACUGAUUCCCCCCCCACACACACAGAAUCCUGGGAACUGUAGUUCACUCCUCCCAGAACUGCAAUUCCCAGCGCCCUUCGCAAACUACAGUUCCCAGGAUUCUUUGCAGGACAGAGAGAGGAAUGUGCUUUAGAUGUACAGUGGUACCUCAGGUUAAGUACGUAAUUCGUUCCGGAGGUCCGUACUUAACCUGAAACUGUUCUUAACCUGAAGCACCACUUUAGCUAAUGGGGCCUCCUGUUGCUGCCGCGCCGCCAGAGCACGAUUUCUGUUCUCAUCCUGAAGCAAAGUUCUUAACCCGAGGUAAUAUUUCUGGGUUAGUGGAGUCUGUAACCUGAAGCGUAUGUAAGCUGAAGCGUCUGUAAGCCGAGGUACCACUGUACUGUAUGGUGCGUAAGCAGCCUAAGAGAGGCACCCAUAGAUGACUUUUUUUUUGGAGGGGGGGACUGAAGGAUCCAGAGCAUGCAUUAGUGAAAUUACUACGCAACUGAGAGCUCUAGGCAUGAGCAUUUGGGUAGGGAUCUAGGUAGAAGUCUAGAAGAAUCUGGAGCAAAUAUCUAGAAGAAGAAAAGGAGGUAAGCAGGAGAGAUAUGGAGCUGUAAGCCUUUCAGGUGCUUCCCAGUGUGGGGGGAGUAAGCCCCACUGAUCUGAAAAAGCUUACUUUUGGACCCCUUUAGUGGGUGGCAUCCUGAUUCAAGGCAGGUCACCACAGGAGCACUCGCAAAUAUAUGGUAAAAGCCCCCAAAUGCAUGUUUGGGUUACAAGGGAGCCCUGGCUGUGAAAAGGUUGUAGAUACCUAGCCCAGGGAAUUGGUGCUUAACUAGCAGGGGUUUUUUUGGGGGGGGGGGGCACAAACCUUCCCAUGGGGGUCAAGGGUGGGGGAGGUUAAAGGUCAAAAGAGAGGGGAUCCAAGAGGGUGUUCAAAAGUUAAGAGAAGGGAAUGGGGGAAGGGAAUUCUCCAAAAUUCAUUCCCUUCUCCCCAGUUAAGAUAUUAAAAGAACUAUAAAAAAGCAGAGAAAUAAUCUGGGGUGGGGAAUCUCCAAACCUCACCCCCCCACACACACAAGAAACUAAAAUAAUAAUAAUGCAAACACUGGAAGUAUUUAGAGAGGCGGUCUUCCAAAAUUCACCCCCCCACACCCCAAUAACUAAUAAAAUACGGAUAACAUGAAAGGAUGGGGGGAAUCUCCCAAAAUUCGCCCCCAAGAGCUUUGUAAAAAAAGAAAUAAAAUGGAGGGGAGCAAUCUACAAAAUCCACUCCCAGUAACUGAAAAACAAAUAAAGACGAUGGAAAUAUUUGGGAUGGGGAAUUCCCCCCCCCCCAUAACAACAACAACAAAAAUAGUAUAGAAGUACAGUAUUGCGUGGGGAGGGGGGAGGAAUCUCCCAAAUUAACUAAAAAGAGACAGAGACACAGCACAGAAGCAUUCAUGGGGGAGAAAAUGCCCCAAACUCACCCCCCCAACACACACAACUACAUAAAAAGCCAGAUGUCAUGAAAGUAUUUAGGAGGAGAGAAACCUCAAAAAAUAUAUAUAUUUGGAGAGGGGUUUGGGUUUUUUUGAAGGUUUCUCUCCUCCUAAAUACUUUCAUGUCAUCUUGCUUUUUAUGUAAAAAAAUUGAAAUAACUACAGUUGAGAGCACCAUCUUCCCCCCCCCGCUCCGGUCCCCUUGCCCGGCCGGCUCCCUUUCCAACCGAGCGGCGGAGGGAGGCGAGCUCUGGGCCGCCGGGGCGACCCCAAAAACUCGGCCGGAUCCCCCGCCGCCGCGUGGCGCACCUUAACGAGCCGCCUCCGGGCGCCCCUCGCCUCCGCUGCUGCUGGUGCCGCCGCCGCGCUCCAUCCCCCGGCCAGGGCCGCUACGCCCUCCUGGAAGCGGCCCGCGCCCGUGCGCCCUGGCCGCGCCCGCCUGCCCGCCGUGCGCCCUGGCCCAUGGCUGCGCUACCGCCGGCGCGCCCGGCCCCGGAUUGCCUGGCUGGCUUGGCGGCGGCGGCGGCUGGGCUGCUUUCCCCCCCUCCCCGUUUCCCGGGCGGGGAUGGAUGGAGAGGAGGAGGAGGAGGGAAGGAGGAGGGCUGGGGGGUGGGGGGACGGAAGUGAUGAAAGGGACCGCCGAUCUCGGGGGCUGCUCCUCCGGGAAGCAGCUCCGGGUGGAGAAAGCGCCGCCGAGCGCUGGAUGCGCUUUUACGCACGAGGAGAAGCCGCCUCGCGUUUACUCGGGAGUCAGCCUCUCCAUCUCCUCCAGCCAAGCUUUUCUUUGCAGGAGGCAAAGGAAAUUGUUCUCCCGCCCUCCCCAAAUCCAGACUGAUAUCGGGCCCUGGGCCGGAUCCAGCUUUUCUCACGAGUAGACCCAUGGCAGUGAAUGGAGCGCAGUUGGCCUGGCCCGUUCGCUUUCAGUAGCCCAUUUGACUCCCUCCCCCCUGCAAGAAUCCUGGGAAUUGUAGUAUCUUACUCAGGGUGCUGGGAACUGUAGCUCCGCCAUGGGUGAACUACAGUUCCCAGGAUUCUGGGAAGGCGGGCUGAGAAUGUGCUCUGACUGUAAUGGUUGCAUAUGCAGCCAGGCUAAAAAAUGGGCAGGCCGCCUCCCCAUAUUUUCUAGCUACUCGCCCCAUUUUUCUAACAUCAUGGAGCCCAGAGUAGCAUGCAGGCGGAUCUCAUCCGGACACUGGCCAGACCUGCUAAACUUCAGCAGGGCGGUGGCCUCCUGAGCCUUCUGCGAUGGGAACCUGGGGCUCUCCAGAUGUUGCCUUGGGACUCCAGCAGCCUUCGUGUUCAGGGUUGAACAUCUGGAAGGCCGCCAGAUGAGAAGGCUGCGGUAUCUGAUGAUGUGGGUAGUGCAUGGGUAGGCAAACUAAGGCCAAUCGCCUUCUCAGUCCGGCCCGCAGAUGAUCCAGGAAUCAGCGUGUUUUUACAUGAAUAGAAUGUGUGCUUUUAUUUAAAAUGCAUCUCUGGGUUAUUUGUGGGGCAUAGGAAUUUGUUAAUUUUUAAUUUUUUUUUCCAAAAUAUAGUCCGGCCCUCCACAAGGUCUGAGGGACAGUGGACCGGCCCCUUGCUGAAAACGUUUGCUGAUCUGUUUUCUUUUUUCCCCUUUUUCUGUCAUUUUUGGAAAAUUAAUAAAAUGUUAAAAAUAAAUAAAUAAAUAAGGAAGGAAGGAAGGAAGGAUUGGGCAAAUUGUGGCUUCCAACCCUAUGCUUUGACAAGCCAGGCUCUUUUUAUGUUCUUAUUUAAUACCCCACAUUUAUACCAGCACGGCAAAACUGAAAACAGGUACUGCACAACUAAAACACCCAGUAAAUAAAAAUCUACAGAUGGCAGGUGGUAUACUACUACUACUACUAAUAUUAAUAAUAAUAAUUUAAAUAUAGCCCUAUUAAAAGCAGCGCUAAAAACGCUUAAAGCUAUUUAAAAGCACACACACCUCCAGGAGACCUUGCCACAGCAGCUGGUUAGUGGCCAAAGGCUUGUCUGAACGACAAAUGAAAAAGUCUGCCUGCCAAGGAAAGGAAAGCAGAGGGAGCCUCCCAUGGAAGGGAAUUCCACUAUCUGGGGGCAGCCACCAACAAGGCCCCGCCUCAUAUCAUCACCGGGCACAGCCCUAGAGGACAGGUGGGCGUCUCCCAAGUUUGAUUGGUGGGUGGUGCUGACCUAUAUGAGUUCAGGUGAUUGGCAGGUGGGCGUGGCUUGGCCAAGAGGCCCAGGGAUGAGGCUCAGAGACUAGGCAGCUUCACACCACCCAUCAAUGUGUGAAUAUGCUUUUUUAAAAUAACAAACACACCCUGCAAACAAGUGACAGCAAGUACAGUGGUACCUCAGGUUAAGUACUUAAUUCGUUCCGGAGGUCCGUACUUAACCUGAAACUGUUCUUAACCUGAAGCACCACUUUAGCUAAUGGGGCCUCCCGCUGCUGCUGCGCCGCUGGAGCAUGAUUUCUGUUCUCAUCCUGAAGCAAAGUUCUUAACCUGAAGCAAUAUUUCUGGGUUAGCGGAGUCUGUAACCUGAAGCGUAUGUAACCUGAGGUACCACUGUAGUGUGUGUGUGUGUGUGUGUGUAAUGAAAACUAUAGCAGGAAGUCACACACACAGAUCUGCUUUUGUGACUACGGUCCCCGGAGGCCCCAUCCUCACUAUCAAUUUAAAGCAGUGUCAUACCACUUUAAAUACUCAUGAAUUCCCCUGCCCCAAGAAUCUUGGGAACUGUAGUUUGUUAGGGGUGCUCUUAGGAGGACCCCGCCCCCAUUCUUCUCGCACAGCUGCAAUUCCCAGAGUGGCUUAACCAUCAAUCCUUCCUCCCAGGGAACUCUGGGAAUUGUAGUGCUGAGAGGGUAAUACUGUGGGGGGGGGGUGCAUGUCCUAACAAUUCCCAGCAACCUCAGUUCACUACAAUUCCCAGAAUUCUUUGAGGGAAGCCACGACUGCUUAUAAGUGGUGUCGCCCUGCUUUAAAUGUACAGCGGGACGCGGGCAGCGCUGUGGUCUAAACCACUGAGCCUCUUGGGCUUGCUGAUCGGAAGGUCGGCGGUUCAAAUCCCCGCAACAGGGUGAGCUCCCAUUGCUCUGUCCCAGCUCCUGCCAACCUAGCAGUUCGAAAGCACACCAGUGGGAGUAGAUAAAUAGGUACCACUGCGGAGGGAAGGCAAACGGUGUUUCUGUGCGCUCUGGUUUCCGUCACGAUGUUCUGCUGCGCCAGAAGCGGUUUAGUCAUGCUGGCCACAUGACCCGGAAAGCUGUCUGUGGACAAACGCCGGCUCCCUCGGCCUGAAAGCGAGAUGAGCGCCGCAACCCCAUAGUCGCCUUUGACUGGACUUAAUCGUCCAGGGUCCUUUACCUUUUACCUUAAAUGUAUAGCUCAGUGGGCCAUGGAGAGGUUCCGCAUGGAGGAAAUUUUCAACCCCGUAAAUGGCCUUCUUGGAGCAAAGGAACUUUGAAGGGAGGCUGCAAUGUGAAAUGGCGAAAUUGCAAUACAUCCAUAGGUUAAAUGCUAUCACUUGAGGAAGGAACGGAAACAAAGGGGUUUUAAAUGCAUACGUGCUAAUCGGCUUACCAAUGCCAGGAUAUCUCUUUUUAUCAAGAGCUGUUUUGCGAAACCUUGCUGUCGAUCACGCAGUUAUCGCUAUCUCUGAUUCUCUGCAUCUCAUCUCCCACCGACCUCUCUGUUUACAAAACCCCACCCUGCUACCAGCCAUGAGUGUGUAUCCCUAACUCAGGACGGCUCCGUUUUCCCCAAAAGCUGAUGCCGUAAUAAAUUUGCUCGUUUCCAUUAGUUGCCGCAAAGCUCUGUCGUUUUUCCCCUUGGUUGUCCAAUGCAACUCCUACUCAGAUCAGACCCAUUGAUGUAAAACAAGAAAAUCCUUAAUAAAAUAUUAAAAAAAAAAAGAACAGGAAGUAGUUCAAAAUUAGGGGAGACCGGCAUUAGACCGUUAAUUCUUCUCCCGCUGAGUAUGCAUUCUAACAUUAUUAUUUCUUACAUUGUUAUUUUUGGUGUGAGUGUGUAUUUGGUAACUUUCCACAACUACCUGUUGGGGUGGAAUAUUUGAUUGCAGCACCUUUUGAAGAUGAACUGAAUUUGUAACAGUUUAGCUGAAGAGCCUUUGAGAAACAACCUGCUUUAUAGAAUUUAAAAAAAAAAAAAAAAAAGAUCAGACCCAUUGUUAUGUACUGAGUUGAAUAGGAUCCAAACUGCAGCAGUCUGAUUGGUCCUAGAACAAUAGGAUCCAAAAUGCAGCAGUCUGAUUGGUCCUAGAACAAUAGGAUUCAGAAUGCAACAGUCUGAUUGGUCCUAGAACAAUGCAGCAGUAUGAUUGGUUGGCAGGAACCACCCAAUCCUGCUCCAGAUAGAAGUGAAUCCACAACCUGAUUGGCUUACAGUAGAAUUCCGGAAUUAGCCAAUCAUGUGCAGCCCAUUGUGUAAAUAAUGUAUAUAAAGCAGAUACUGUGAGGGGACAUUCAUUCAUUCCCUCCUCACCACUAUGAGCUGAAUAAAGAGCAUGAAAUCACUUUGCGAUUCUGAGUAUAUUUCACCCAUUGAAACCAAUAGGCUUAGAAAAGGGUUGGAGACAGAUCAGAGUGGGCUUUCUCAGGGGGGGGUGAAGCUGAAGAACUGGGGAGAUGGGGGUGGGAUUCAGUUCUCAGUACGAGGAUGGAAGACUGAGGUGAAAUGCCAAUACACAGAUAGAUAAGAUUGUGCUUUAUUAGGAACACAAAUACCGUAUUGGCCCGAAUAUAAGCCACACCUGAAUAUAAGCUGCACCUUUAAAAUUGGGGGGGGGGGAGAGAAAAAGAAAAAAUACCCAAAUAUAAGCCGCUCCAUUCCUUGCUGCUCCUGGCUGCAUACUGGGGGGGGGGGAGCCCUGCUGCGUUGCCGGCGGGCUUUCCCCUUCCUCACUCUCUCCCUUCCUGGGGGAGAGGAUGGGGGACUAUGUGUGGGGUGGGCGCCUCUUUGCCCCCCACUCCUGGCUACAAACUGUAAGGUCGCGAAUAUAAGCUGCACUUUAACUUUUCACGGUCGGAAUUUGAGUGAGGCUUAUAUUCAGGCCAAUAUGGUACAGUGGUACCUCGGGUUAAGUACUUCAUUCUUUCCGGAGGUCCGUUCUUAACCUGAAACUGUUCUUAACCUGAGGUACCACUUUAGCUAAUGGGGCCUCCCGCUGCCACCGCGUGAUUUCUGUUCUCAUCCUGAAGCAAAGUUCUUAACCUGAGGUACUAUUUCUGGGUUAGCGGAGUCUGUAACCUGAAGCGGAUGUAACCCGAGGUACCACUGCAUUCCAUUUUGUAUUUUCUUUGACAGGCAUAGGCAAACUUGGCCCUCCAGAUGUUUUGGGACUACAACUCCCAUAACCCCUAGCUAACAGGACUGGUGGUCAGGGAUGAUGGGAAUUGUAGUCCCAAAACAUCUAGAGGGCCGAGUUUGCCUCUGCUUGUUCUUUGCACCCUCCUCAAGGGCUUUUGCCUGGCUGGAGUGUGUCCUCGAACUCCAACCCUGCCUCUUGCUUCCCUGGAGAGGUGUGUGUGAGUGUGUGGAGAAACUAGCCUAUGGUACAGAGGAAAAUGCGCAUUCAUUGCGUCGCUCCCUAUUGCCUCUGGCCCGCCCCCACUGCCUUGUGGCCCCUGAGGAGAUCAUCCAGAAGGGACCGUGGCCCUCAGGCUUCCAAACCUUUCCUGCCCCUGUCCUUGUGAUAGGAAUUUUGAGGUCUUAGAUAUAUGUUAAAUGUUCAUAAGUGUACCAACCAAGCACGUACAUAGAUCAGCACAGGAAGACCGACCUAAGACCAUUUUGAUUCCCAAACUGAGCAAAUGUUUUCUCUGCAAGGUCAAAGGAAAAUGGAAAAGCCUCCCCACUGUCUCUUUCCUAACAAAUCCUGUCUUAAGGGCACAUUUAAUAUAGGAAUAGGGUGUGAGCCUGACCUGGCUCAGGAACUAAGUAUUUAUCAUUACAAAAGACUAGCCAGGCUCCCCAGGCAAUCCAAUCAAGUGACCAUUAACCAGGUAACCUGGCAGACAGGAGGUAAACAAAGCACUCAGAUUUCUCUUGUAGAUCACACUUUCUGUGAUGUAUGUGGGGGUGGUCUUGAUCUACAAGGUAGCAAUUUCAAAAGUCUAUAUAACGGCUUGCACACCAUUGUUUGAGGUCCUCCUCCUUUCCUGCGUGUGAGGAGAGCACCCUGUUGCAAGAGAUCAAUAAAGAUCAGGCUUACUAGCUGCUUUGCUUCUCAAUAUUCUCUGGUUGGCCUCUGUUAUUCUCUCCUACCAAUAGGGAACCUAUGUAAGGGCUCUAUAUGGGCUCUUGGAUACCCCAUAAGGGGGGAAAGGGCAGAUUUUGGUUUACAACAUCCUAGUGAGGCCCUGCUGCACAUCCCCUCACCUGGGGCUGCUAAACCUGCCAAAGAGAGCAAGGACUUGUCAGUCACAGCCCCACAGCUCUGAAACUCCAGAGAGCUCUGAAUCCGAUGAAAAGUGCCCCUUUUCCAAGGAAGCAGCCGGUUUCUGCUACGUCCUGUUCGUCAGCCGAACUCUGAAGGAGCUGCCGCCGCCUUGCCGCUCUUCCCAUGCCUUUGGCUGGCGGGAUUUCCGCCAAGGGCCGCAUACGGUUCCAUCACACGCGUCGUAA